UUAAAUUACCUUGGAGUGGGGAAAACCCCUUUUAUUUCUCCCACUAACAAUAUACGUUUGUUACGACUUGAUGGUUCUGUUAUUAGAGAAACCAUUUUAAUCUAGCAUCUUCAAAGAGAUUAUCAUGAGGCAUUCUCUCUUGCCAGCCGAAGUAUUUUCCAAAUAAAGUGCAAAGGAUUCCCAUUACUUUUGUAUAUGACUUGAAAAAAUCCUAUUAUCUCCUCUUUCAAAAUACUGCUAUUUUUAAAGCCUUAAAAAUAAUUCCAGCAUUUAAUCUGGAAAUAUAUCAUGUCCUAUCUCCUCUUUAAAUAGAGUGUGGCUUUAUUUUAAGCGAAAAAGUUUCAAGUGUCUAGUUAUGGAAUAUUAUAUAAAAUUAGCAGUGAUUACCAUCUAAAGAGAAAUACAAAAUAUUGAGGCAGUUAUUUAGAUAAGCAUUACUAUUAAAUAGCAAUAAUUGAAUUAAAAUGAAAACAGUUUCAAAACAUUUUGAGUGAAUACAUAAAUAAUUUUUUAUUUGAAUUCUCUUAUUUCAAACAAGAGCUAAGCCUUUGAGAGAGGAGCAGUAGACAAGCUAAAAAUCCAAAGUCUGCUGAAAAUUUCAGUACACAUAUAACAAAUUACUAAACCCAUUUUAUUUAGUAUUGUUUUUUGAGAUUACAUCAAGUGCACUGUGAUAAUUUUCUCUGAGUUAAUCAGUAGCCUUGAUUUGUAUUAUAUGUUUUGCUUACUUCCUGAUGUUUGAAAGUUACAAGCUCCUAAACAUGUGGUCUUUUGGCUAAUGUAUAUCACUUAUUGUGAAGAGAUUUUAAAGUUAUUUCUCACGUGGAUUAGGAGUAGUAGAGUUUUUAACAGUUAAAAUCUCUGAAUUAGAGAAUAACGUUUUGUUCAUGUGGGAUCUGUUAAAUAUGUUGCUUUAGUGUAGUCAAGUACCAACAUUUCCAAGCAACCUUUAACUAAAGUAACCCAGGUGAUGACUUUCAAAAGUCAUUUUAUUAUGACUUUUUCUGUGUGUAAAAGCAAUACAUGAGUUGCUCAGAAAAUAAAGAUGAAUAAAAACUUUAAAAAAUCCUCAUAGGCACAACCAUGAUUAAUAUUGCAAAUAUCCUUCCAAUCUAUUUUUUAAUCAAUGCUAUAAACAUUAGUAAAUUGAAUUGUAUUUAUAAUUCUAAAUAUUAAGUAUAUUAGCUGUAUUUCCCCAUAGAAGGAAGAAAAGUUAGCAACUUUACAGGGAAAUGUAAAAACAUAAUUGAUGUUUUAAAAAGAAAAUAUUAACCAUUACAUUCAUUUCUGGAAAACUAAAAGCAGUGUGGAAUCCAUUAUUUAGAGGAUUGAACAGUAAAUCAUGAAGUGUUAGCUUGCUGGAAGAAUGAUUUAGAGAAGGACUAGCUUAGCUAAUACUGUUCAUCUGAUUGGAGUUCUGAUAUUUUAUGUAUAAUUUCACCAGAGUGAGCCUGCUAUAUCAAAAUAAGGCUGGUUGCCCUUUUCACCAUUUGACUCUCAGAACUUGCCAGAUGCCUCUCAGAAUAAUGUAGUAGUGGCGUCUGUUUUAUUUCCCACUGUUUUGGCAAAAAACCUGAUUCUAAUAAUAGAGUUUGUUAGUAUCGUCAAGUUCUCCUGCAGUUGGAGCUUUGAUAAUUUUAGAACUAAUUAAGGAACAAGUACUUAUAUUUUAAGUAGGGGUUUUCUCAUGAAACAGUUUAAUUUUAAUAGUUUGAGACUAGAUUUGUAACCAAAUUCUUGUUAAAUAUCUGGUGACCAUUCUGUCCUCCUGUUUAAAUGGUGAUACUAAUUUAUCUGCUUUGUUGGGUAGGUUAGCAUUCAAAGCCUGAGUUUGAGGUUCAGAUGCUUUCCCCAAAUGGGCUUCUAUUAUGCAUGACUGAACUCUUUGAGCCAGUCUAGCUGGCUAAAUAGAGGAGCUCCUCACAGUGUGAAAAUAAUACCUGAUUAAAAACACAUUGAUUUUAAUUUCCCUUUGCAGAUUGCUCUGCUUUAAUGUCAUCUUUGUAAUUAUCUUUUAACAGUCAAAUGAAGAAAUUCACUUCAUCUGUUUAUCAUAGAUGAAAGCAGAGAUCACACCCUUCUUUUUUAUCUUUUUAAAUUAUUGUUGUUUUCAAUUAUUGUUAAAAAAAUCAGAAUAGGAGAAUGGGUUGCCUUUCAAUUGAAAAUAUAUAUGGAGAUACAUGCUUAGAAGAAAUUCUGCUUUUGCAAAUAUUUGUAACAAAGACAAAUAGAGGAAGCUUCUCAGUGUUCCCGACACAUUGCCAAUAAAAAUGAAAAGUACUGAGAAAAUCAAACACUUGAUUUGGGGCUGUGCAGAGGGCCACAUACUCAUCGAUUCUGUUAAGAUCUUUGCCAUAGAAAAAGUCAGCAAAAAGUGCAAGGGACUUGAUAGGAAAUUACUGCAUAUUGGUUUUGAGUAUAGGACCUGGCUAUCAUUGUGAAAAUGUUAAAUAAAUUGAUAUUAGUAUGUUAACUUCAACUGAUGCUUACUUUUGAUAUUAGCAUGAAAUUAGCAGCUUAAUAGUAUUCAUGAUAAUUUUACAAAUACCUUUACAUGCAUUAUUUCAUUUGAUAUUUCUAGCAACCUUACAAGGUAGAGAAGACAUGUCUUUACCCUCAUUUUGCAGAUAAGGAUAUUGAGAGGAUUUAAUUGAUUUGCUUAGGCCAUAUAAUCAGUGAGAAAAUUGGAACCAGUGAGAAAAUUGGAACUGGAAUUUUUGACUCUUAACUCAGGGCUACUUCCAUUGUAUUAUAAUGUCUGUCAUCAUGCCGUCUGUGUUUUUCAGUAUCCCCCAAAGUUCAACAUCAAGUAGAGUUUGUUAUGCUGACAGAAUUAGCAAGAAACAGCAACAUUACUUUUAAUCUGCAAAUAUUAACUUUUAUUGAGAUGGAUAGCUUUCCUAUCAGAAUUUCUCAUUUGUACCCAGCAUCUACAUGAGCGAUUUUUCCUUUAAAUGAAUCUCCUUAAUUGAAAUCAGAGUAAUACUUUUUUGGCAUCCUAGGAGCACAUUAAAAAUUUGAAAAUUUGAAAAGUGUUAAAAUUUAUUUUACUCUCCAAAUAGCAUGCUUAUCUACUUAGGCCGCUAUCUGUUGACAUUCUGUAAACUGAGAAUUCUCUGUUGAGAAGUGUGUGUCAGAUUUUUUAAAACCCAGGGAACUAAAAAUGAAUACUUGGGUUGUUAUUUUUGGUGCCCCUAAUUACGAGAACAGGUGUUUUGAUAAAACUAACACUUCAAGAGAAUCUGAGUAUGAGGUACUCUCCAACUAUGUUUAAUGGGAUUUUGCUGGCCUUUGUAUUGUAAAAUAGAGACUUUCUCAGAUGUUUGUGAAUCUGUGGUAAAAUGAGAAAUACUCUCUUAAUUUGAUAUUUGCUCCUAGUGUUUUUGAUGUUGUGUGGUCUCUAAGGGUCUUUGGGAGAACUUUAAUUCAACUUUGUUAAACAGUUUGUAUGUUAGUAAUCUUCUACCACUAUUUCUUCUCCUACUUCCCAAAAGGUAGGGAACUAAAAAAUAUGUGUAAACAACUUUGCCCAUUUCAAAUUUACAUUAUAAAAAUUAAGUGUCUACUCUGCUUUUUACAUGAGGAAACAGCACUGCUGUUAAGACGACUUCUUUUUUCCUGAUCUAAGAGAGCUACCUUAACAUUUUUCUGUUGGUAAACAUGUUGCCUUUAAUUUUCACUUAAUAUCUCCUUAUUCUUGUGCCAGGGAGAAAAUAUCUUAAGUAAUCUUAAUUGGCUAUUUUGUUCCAGUUUAUCCUUUUAUUCUAUGGUAAUCACAGAUGGACAUAAAAUAUCCUAUUUAAUAAUUAGUCUCUUGAAUGAUUUUGCUUCUAAAAGGCCUUUUUUUCAGCCUUUGAAUUUUUCAUCAGAAUGAUUUUUAUCUGAAGACUGCACUCAUGGUGAGAUAAGCACCCCCCUUUUUAAAAAUCUAAUACAAUUUUGUUUUCUGAAUCUUCUUCUUUGUCAAUGCCCCUUUUAAUGUAAUUCAGUUGAGACUCCUCUGCUCUUUAUGGUGAUACUUUGGUCUUUCCCAAGAUGUUUCAGCUAAUUCAGAGCCUAUCAGGUUUUAAGUGAGUAAUUUACAUCAUAUUUUAAAAUGUGUUUCAAAUCAUAGGAGCCUGUAUUGAAAUUCAUGCUUCAAGGAAAAAUGCAUAUCAGUUCAAUGCUAACCAGAGCCACAUAUACACAACUGUAUAGCUCAUGAGUUUAGGUAAUAGUGUGCUGGCCCGACACUCCUUAUGCGGUAGUUGUUGUGACACAGAAAUGGCCAAAUGUGAAUGGCUAAUCCUACAUCUGAAUGCAGGUUGUUUGCUUUUACUUUUACUGAAGAAACAAUUCCAUUAUAUUGUCAAGAACAAAAAUUUCCAUGCCAUUUGACUGAUUUGCGUGAAGACAAGGUCAGCUUCUGGGGUGGCACUAAAAUACAGUGUAAGUAAAUCAUGAUUGAAUGCCAUUAUUGUAGCGGUGCUUUCUCUGUUUCUAACUUUUCUAGACCUCUUCUGUUUCCACCUCUUACUGAAGUUCCCAAAACAGUAAAAAAAAAAUAUAUAUAUAUAUAUAUAGAAAUAGAAAAUGUAAACAUAGGCCAGGAAAUAGCAUAGAAAACCAGUUAAAUUACCUGGCUCAGAGUCUAGGAGUUUUUUUAGAGGUAACUUGUCAAAAUUAUAAAAAUCAUCUCAAUGGAUGGUAAGGUGACCCCUGAGCUAGCACAUCUUAUAUUGUAAUUUUUGCAACUAAGGCAAGGGCUUGCUUAGCUUUCUGAAUAUCCUGAGGAGGGAAGAGAGAUGAUCUCGAUUGAUCAGACUUGCUGAGAUCAAGCUUAUUAAGUACAGUAUAGACUAUUAAAUACAAGAAACCCUGAUGUGACUCUCAGUUUUAUACUCUGACAAUCAUUAAGAAAUUUAUGUUAGACUGUAUGGUAAAAAAAAAAAAAAAUUCUCAAGCUGUGGGACAAAACAAACUAUGCACAGGUGACUCCAGGUAUUAGUGUCAUUCAUUGUAGAACUCAUAUUUUCUAAUUCAAAAUAUCAUAGUUUGAUGACAAGUUGGCUUGUAUUUGAGGAGACAGUGAAUCAGACCAAAUAUUUAAAAUCUGGUCUGUACCUGAAGCACACCUGUUAUUUUAUUUACGGAGAUUUAAAAAAUUAUAAAGAAAACUGAGUUCCUGACUGUUCUAAACAAGUCCAUUUUUCUGGAUAUACUACAGUUGCCUUAAUAUUGCGUGUUUUCCUCAGGGUUCAUGUAAACUGGCCUUUAUAUAAAAGUUCAACUGUAGACUUUAAAGGCCUUUAGGCCUGGGAAGACCUGAGGUCCUAUCCUUUCCUCUGUUUAAAUACUAUUAUAUUAAAUCCUCUGAGGGGAGUAUAAGACAGACAACAGUCUCAUUUCAGUUCUAUUCCUAGUAUACCAUAAAGAUCAGCUAGGUUAUCUUGAGAAAAGUUUCACAAGAUCCUAUAUAAAAUAAAGUUGCUUAACGUUACAAGCAAAUGAUACUUGGGAAGGAGGGGUUCUGAAGCUGUCUUUGCUCAGCUAGGCGGUGAGAAAGGGCGGCCUUGUUUUGACACUUUCCCAAGCAGGCCCGGAAACGGCCAGAAGCUGGCCGAAGGGGUAUGCAGGGGAAGGGGUCCUGGCCUCGUGUAGGAGAGAGGCCUUGCCAGCCGUUUGACACGCAGUCAUGGCAAAACCAACCCUCUUCAUCUUUUCUUCCCCCAGGCCAGCGCCUGGGACUCCCUCCUGCUCGAGAGGCUGUAGGCAGUUCUUGCCUCUACAUGCGCCGGUGCCCUGAUUAAGCUCCUGCCUGGCGGCCCGGUUCCCUGAGCGAGUGCGCGCCUGCGCACCGUGACCGAGCGAGCGAGCCAGCUUUCUUUCCAGGCCUCGCGUUCCUCCCUCCCCCGUGCGCCUGCGCACCGGCUGGGAGGAACUCAGCGUUUUGGCCUCGGCGGGCGGGCGGACGCGCGCGUGCUCGCGGCGAGGGGGGCGGGUCGCGCGCGCCGGUGGGAAGCGUCCGGCUGCCACAGCGCCAGCUCCGUCGUAAGUCGCUGCAGUCCGGGUCCCGCUCGCCCCUCCUCCCGGCUCCCCCGCCCGCAGCCGCCCGGGCGCAUGCGCCUCCGGAGCGCGAGGGUCGGCUUCGGGUGUGUGGUGGCGACAGAGCGGAGCUGCGAGGCCCUAGAGUCAGAACCUGGGGGAGAGGAAUGGUCUCUGCACGGGGGGGAGCCGGAGGAGUCGCCGCCGCUGCCGACGCCACCGCCGCAGCCGCCGCCGCCGCCGCCUUGGCGCCCGCCUCCCGGCGCUGACGGGCUCAUACGAAGCCGGCGAGGGGGAUCCCGCACCAGCGGUCUCCGGCACACCGCCCAGCAUGGUCCGGGAAACCAGGCACCUCUGGGUGGGCAACUUACCAGAGAAUGUGCGGGAAGAGAAGAUCAUCGAGCAUUUCAAACGAUAUGGCCGUGUGGAAAGUGUCAAAAUUCUCCCCAAGAGGGGAUCUGAAGGAGGAGUGGCUGCCUUUGUGGAUUUUGUGGACAUCAAAAGUGCGCAGAAAGCUCAUAACUCUGUCAACAAAAUGGGAGAUAGAGACCUACGCACGGAUUAUAAUGAACCAGGCACCAUUCCGAGUGCUGCUCGGGGAUUGGAUGAUACAGUUUCCAUAGCAUCUCGUAGUAGAGAGGUUUCUGGGUUCAGAGGAGGUGGUGGAGGGCCUGCUUAUGGUCCUCCACCAUCACUUCAUGCACGAGAAGGACGUUAUGAGCGGAGACUUGAUGGGGCUUCAGAUAACAGGGAGCGUGCUUAUGAACAUAGUGCCUAUGGACACCAUGAACGGGGGACGGGAGGAUUUGAUCGGACAAGACAUUACGAUCAGGAUUACUAUAGAGAUCCUCGAGAGCGGACUUUACAGCAUGGGCUCUAUUAUACUUCUCGGAGUCGAAGUCCAAACCGUUUUGAUGCUCAUGACCCCCGAUACGAACCUAGGGCUCGGGAGCAGUUUACACUGCCCAGUGUGGUACACAGGGAUAUCUACAGGGAUGACAUUCCCCGGGAGGUACGAGGCAGAAGGCCAGAGCGGAAUUACCAGCACAGCAGGAGUCGGUCUCCACACUCAUCCCAGUCUAGGAAUCAGUCUCCACAGAGGCUGGCUAGCCAAGCGUCUAGACCCACCAGGUCCCCUAGCGGCAGUGGUUCUAGGAGUCGCUCCUCCAGUAGCGAUUCUCUCAGCAGCAGCACUAGUACCAGCAGUGACAGCACUGAUUCCAGCAGUAGUUCAAGUGAUGACUCUCCAGCCCGAUCAGUUCAGUCUGCAGCAGUCCCAGCACCCACUUCCCAGUUGCUUUCAUCCCUGGAAAAAGAUGAGCCCCGUAAAAGUUUUGGUAUCAAAGUUCAAAAUCUUCCAGUACGCUCUACAGAUACAAGUCUCAAAGAUGGCCUUUUCCAUGAAUUUAAGAAAUUUGGGAAGGUGACUUCAGUGCAGAUACAUGGAACUUCAGAAGAGCGGUAUGGUCUGGUAUUCUUUCGGCAGCAAGAAGACCAAGAGAAAGCACUGACUGCAUCGAAAGGCAAACUUUUCUUUGGCAUGCAGAUUGAAGUAACAGCAUGGAUAGGGCCAGAAACAGAAAGUGAAAAUGAAUUUCGCCCUUUAGAUGAAAGGAUAGAUGAAUUUCAUCCCAAAGCAACAAGAACACUCUUUAUUGGCAACCUUGAAAAAACCACUACUUACCAUGACCUUCGCAACAUUUUCCAGCGCUUUGGAGAAAUCGUGGAUAUUGAUAUUAAGAAAGUAAAUGGAGUUCCUCAGUAUGCAUUCUUGCAGUACUGCGAUAUUGCCAGUGUUUGUAAGGCUAUUAAGAAGAUGGAUGGGGAAUACCUUGGAAACAAUCGCCUCAAGCUGGGUUUUGGAAAGAGCAUGCCUACAAACUGCGUGUGGUUAGACGGGCUUUCUUCAAAUGUAUCGGAUCAGUAUUUAACACGACACUUCUGCAGAUAUGGGCCUGUUGUAAAGGUGGUGUUUGACCGCUUAAAAGGCAUGGCCCUGGUUCUCUACAAUGAAAUCGAAUAUGCACAAGCAGCUGUAAAAGAGACCAAGGGGAGGAAAAUUGGUGGGAAUAAAAUUAAGGUGGAUUUUGCAAAUCGGGAAAGUCAGCUGGCAUUUUAUCACUGUAUGGAAAAAUCUGGUCAAGAUAUCAGAGACUUUUAUGAAAUGUUAGCAGAAAGAAGAGAGGAGCGAAGGGGAUCUUACGACUAUAGCCAAGAUCGCACAUAUUAUGAGAACAUUCGUACUCCAGGCACUUAUCCUGAGGAUUCCAGACGGGACUAUCCAACUCGAGGGAGAGAAUUUUAUUCAGAAUGGGAAACUUACCAAGGAGAUUACUAUGAAUCACGGUAUUAUGAUGAUCCUCGGGAAUAUAGGGACUACAGAAAUGAUCCUUAUGAACAAGAUAUUCGGGAAUACAGUUACAGGCAAAGGGAACGAGAAAGAGAACGUGAAAGAUUUGAGUCUGACCGGGAUAGAGACCACGAGAGGAGGCCAAUUGAACGCAGCCAGAGUCCAGUGCACUUGCGACGCCCACAGAGUCCUGGAGCUUCGCCCUCACAGUCAGAGAGAUUGCCAAGUGAUUCUGAGAGGAGGAUGUACAGCCGAUCCUCAGACCGGAGUGGAAGCUGCAGCUCAGUUUCCCCUCCAAGAUACGAUAAACUUGACAAAUCUCGUUUGGAGCGCUAUACAAAAAAUGACAAGACAGAUAAAGAACGAACUUUUGAUCCUGAGAGAGUGGAAAGAGAGAGACGCUUAAUAAGGAAGGAAAAGGUGGAAAAGGACAAAACUGAAAAGCAGAAACGGAAAGGAAAAGUUCAUUCCCCGAGUUCUCAGUCUUCAGAAACAGACCAAGAAAAUGAAAGAGAACAGAGCCCUGAAAAAUCAAGGGUUUUUAAUAAACUGAGCAGAGAGAAAGCUGACAAAGAAGGAAUAGCAAAAAACCGCCUAGAACUCAUGCCUUGUGUUGUUUUGACUCGAGUGAAAGAAAAAGAGGGGAGAGUUAUUGACCAUACUCCUUUGGAGAAGCUAAAAGCCAAGCUUGACAUUGAUAUUGUCAAGUCUUCUGCCCUAGAUCAGAAACUUCCGGUCUCUCAGACGGAGCCUACAAAGUCUGACUUGUCUAAACUGGAGUCUGUUAGAGUCAAAUUGCCAAAGGAAAAGGGUCUUUCAAGCCACAUAGAAGUGGUAGAUAAGGAAGGCAGGCUUAAACCCAGGAAGCAUCUGAAGCCAGAGCAGACUGCCGAUGGGGUAAGUGCUACAGAUCUGGAGAAGCUGGAAGCAAGGAAAAGACGUUUUGCUGAUUCCAAUUUGAAAGCAGAAAGGCAAAAAUCAGAAGUCAAGAAAACUAGUCCAGAGGUGGAGGAUGCUCGUGUGCUUUUAAAAAAGCAGCCUGACAUACCAUCUAGAGAUGUCAUUCUGCUGAGGGAAGGAGAAUCUGAAAGAAAGCCUGCGAGGAAGGAAAUUCUUAAAAGAGAAUCUAAAAAAAUCAAACUGGACAGACUUAAUGCUGUUCCUAGCCCUAAAGACUGUCAGGAGCUUGCCAGUAUUUCUGUUGGUUCUAGGCCCAACUCAGACCUACAAGCAAGGCUAGGAGAACCAGUAGGUGAAUCUGUGGAAAGUCAAGAAAUCCAACCAAAAAAAUCCACUGCUUCAAAACCACAGCUUAAACAGCUACAGCUGUCAGAUGAUCAAGGACCAGAGAAAGAAGAUAUUAGGAAGAACUAUUGCAGUCUUCGUGAUGAAACACUUGAAUGUAAACCAGGCCAAGAGAAACCACAUUCAGUAAAUACUGAGGAAAAAAUUGGCAUUGAUAUUGAUCACACACAGAGUUACCGAAAACAAAUGGAGCAGAGUCGUAGAAAACAGCAGAUGGAGAUGGAAAUAGCCAAGUCUGAGAAGCUUGGCAGUCCUAGAAAAGAUGUAGAUGAAUAUGAAAGGCGUAGUCUCGUCCACGAGGUAGGCAAACCCCCUCAGGAUGUCACUGACGACUCUCCUCCCAGCAAAAAGAAACGGAUGGACCAUGUUGAUUUUGAUGUCUGCACCAAAAGAGAGAGGAAUUACAGAAGCUCACGGCAGAUCAGUGAGGAUUCUGAAAGGACCGCUGGUUCUCCCAAUGUCCGACAUGGGUCCUUCCAUGAAGAAGAUGACCUCGUAGGCUCCCCCAGGCUCAUGUCAGUAAAAGGGUCUCCUAAAGUAGAUGAAAAAGGUCUCCCCUAUUCUAAUAUAACAGUCAGAGAAGAGUCCUUAAAAUUUAAUCCUUAUGAUUCUAGCAGGAGAGAACAGAUGGCAGACAUGGCCAAAAUAAAGCUGUCUGUCUUGAAUUCUGAAGAUGAGCUAAAUCGGUGGGACUCUCAGAUGAAACAAGAUGCCAGCAGAUUUGACGUGAGUUUUCCAAACAGCAUAAUUAAGAGAGACAGCCUUCGAAAGAGGUCUGUACGUGACUUGGAACCUGGUGAGGUGCCUUCUGAUUCUGAUGAAGAUGGAGAACACAAAUCCCACUCACCCAGAGCCUCUGCAUUAUAUGAAAGCUCUCGAUUGUCUUUUUUAUUGAGGGACAGAGAAGACAAACUACGUGAGCGAGAUGAAAGACUCUCCAGUUCUUUAGAAAGGAACAAAUUUUACUCUUUUGCAUUGGAUAAGACAAUCACACCAGACACAAAGGCUUUGCUUGAAAGAGCUAAAUCGCUCUCUUCGUCUCGAGAAGAAAAUUGGUCUUUUCUUGACUGGGACUCCCGAUUUGCUAAUUUUCGAAACAACAAAGAUAAAGAAAAGGUUGACUCUGCUCCAAGACCUAUUCCAUCCUGGUACAUGAAAAAGAAGAAAAUUCGGACAGACUCAGAAGGAAAAAUGGAUAAUAAAAAAGAUGAUCAUAAAGAAGAAGAACAGGAAAGGCAAGAGUUGUUUGCUUCUCGUUUUUUACAUAGCUCAAUCUUUGAGCAAGAUUCCAAGCGGCUGCAGCACCUAGAGAGAAAAGACGAAGAAUCUGAUUUCAUUUCUGGUAGGCUAUAUGGGAGGCAGGUAUCUGAUGGAGUGAACAGCACAACUGAUUUGAUUCAACAGCCAGUAGUUCUUUUCCAUAGCAGAUUUAUGGAACUCACACGAAUGCAACAGAAAGAAAAAGAAAAAGACCAAAAACCCAAAGAGGCUGAGAAACAGGAAGAUGCAGAGGAUUAUCCCAAGACCCCAGAAUCUACUUCUGAGAACAGAGAGCCUGAACUGAAAACUCCAUCUUCAACCGGACCACCACCUAGUGUCACUGUUGUAACUCCGGAGUCAGCAUCGUUACCACUGGAGAGGACAGUUACCACUAGUGAAAAAACAGAAGAGGUGCCGUUGAUGACAGAAGAGAAGACCAUGGAGCCAGCCUCUGUCUCAGAAGAAGCAAAACCUGUGUCUGACCUGGCUCCCAUUGCUGCAGAAGAGUCUGACCAAGUAGAUUUGCCCCCAGGAGUGGACACCAAUAAAGAUGCUGCCAGGACUCCACUGGUUGUUGAAGAAAGUUCAUCAGUUGACCAGCUGCCUUAUUUAGAUGCCAAGCCUCCAACUCCUGGGGCCUCAUUUUCCCAGGUAGAGGUCAGUGUAGAUCCAGAACCUGACAGAAUCCAACCACUUUCAAACCCGACUCAGAAGCCUGAGGAAACUGAUGAGCCAAAAGCGGAAAAACCGAGCGCACCUGCUAAUGUUGAACCUGAUGCAAAUCAAAAAACUGAAGCUGUUCCUGAGGUUCAGCCCCAAGCCUAUGAAGAUACAGAGAUUGAUCCUCCAGUUGCUGCAAAAGAAAAAAAGCCAAGCAAAAGUAAGCGCUCCAAGACCCCCACCCAGGCAGCUGCUGCAAGUCUCGUGGAGAAGCCAGUCACGAGGAAGAGUGAGAGGAUAGACCGGGAGAGACUCAGGCGGUCCAGUUCUCCUCGUGGGGAAGCACAGAAGCUCUUAGAAUUGAAGAUGGAGGCAGAGAAGGUUACGAGGACUGCCUCUAAAAACUCAGCUGUGGACCCUGAACAUCCCGAGCCAAGUUUGCCCCUCAGCCGAGCAAGGCGCCGGAAUGUGAGGAGCGUCUAUGCAACCAUGGGUGACCAUGAAAGCCGCUCUCCCGUGAAGGAGCCUGUCGAGCAACCUAGAGUGACAAGGAAGAGACUGGAGCGAGAGCUUCAGGAGGCAGCGGCAGUACCCACCACCCCCAGGAGGGGGAGGCCUCCGAAAACACGGCGUCGAGCUGACGAUGAGGAGGAGACGGAGACGAAGGAACCCGUAGAAACACUCAAACCAGCUGAGGGAUGGAGGUCCCCCCGGACCCAAAAAACAGUAGCUGCUGGCGGCCCACAAGGGAAAAGGGGGAAAAAUGAGCCCAAAGUUGAUGUUGAACGUUCUGAGGCCACCACUGACGUGAGUCCCCAAGUAAAUAUGAAAGAAAAUAACACAAAAUCCAAGGUCGAUAAAGAAGAAGCAGGAAGUGAACAUAAACGUGACAAAAAAGAGAUCAGCACAGACAAAAAUUCAUCUGACACCCUGCCAGUUGAAGUGGUGGAGAAAAAAACAGCCCCUGAAAAAAACUCUAAGUCAAAGAGAGGAAGAUCUCGAAAUUCUAGGUCAGCAGUGGACAAAUCUGCAAAUCUGAAAAAUGUGGAUGCCAGUGUCAGUCCCAGUGUCAGUCCCAGUGUGACUGCAGGCCCUUUGGGGCUGGCAGAGGAGAAGGAAGCUGGGGUCGUGGCAGUGUCCCCUGAGAAGAGUGGGCAUCCUCAGGAGGAAGGUGGUACAUCAUCCCAGGUGAACAGUGAACCAGCUGAUCCAGACAAGGAGCUGCAGAAGGAAGAUACGACUGCCUCUAAGCCGUCCCCAGAAGCAAAUCAGUUAGCCAGGCAGAUGGAGCUGGAGCAGGCCGUGGAGAACAUUGCAAACUUCACUGAGGCUGCCGCCGCCGCCUUCAAGGCAGCAGCCACAGACACAUCAGAGGGCCUCUCCACAGAGGGCAGGGACAAGCCCCCACACCAAGCAAGUGAAACAGAACUGGCUGCAGCCAUUGGCUCCAUCAUCAAUGACAUUUCUGGGGAGCCAGAAAACUUCCCAGCACCCCCACCUUACCCUGCAGAAUCACAGACAGAUCUACAGCCCCGCUCUCAGGUCCUGCAGCCGCCUGGGGAAGGAAUGGAGCCUGAGACCAAUGAGGCUGUGUCUGGCAUCUUGGAGACUGAAGCUGCUACAGAAUCUUCUGGGCCACCAGUCAGUGCCCCCGACCACUCAGCAGGCCCCACAGACACCAAGGAAGCCGGCGGGAACAGCAGCAAAAUCGCCCACCCAGUGCCAGAAGCCAAAGGAUCUAAAGAAGCAGAGGUUGUUCUUGCUCGGAAAGACAAAGGGCGCCAGAAGACGCGAUCACGACGCAAACGAAAUACAAACAAGAAAACGACUACUGUAGAGACCCGAGUCCCUAAGCCUGACCCAGUUCAAAGCAGGAGUCCUGCCAUAAAUGAGGGGACCACGGUACAGCCCUCAGAAACUCUGGAGGAAGAAAAGCAGGCUGAGAAGCCCCCACUCACCCCUCCAGAGUCCUGUGCUUCUGACCCCAGCAUAGUUCCGUCUGUGGAGAAUUUGUCCCAAGAAAACGGUGUUGAAGAAAAGACUCCAGCCAUAGCACCCUCACUCCCAGACCUUCUCCCACUCUCAGAGCCAGCCCCCGUGGAGGAGGAGCCUCAUGCCAGAUUCAAGGUGCACUCUAUCAUUGAAAGUGACCCGGUGACCCCACCCAGUGACCCCAGCUUACCCAUCCCCACAAUUCCUUCUGUGGCUGCAACAAAGCUCCCACCUCCUGUCACCCCUGUGGGGCUCCCACACCAGAGUCCCCCUACUAAGGUGACAGAGUGGAUCACAAGGCAGGAGGAACCUCGGUCUCAGUCUGCCCCGUCUCCAGCUCUUCCUCCAGACACAAAAGCCUCUGACCUUGAUACCAGCUCCAGUACGCUGAGGAAGAUCCUCAUGGACCCCAAGUAUGUGUCUGCCACGGGUAUCACUUCCACAAAUGUCACAACUGCCAUCGCGGAGCCUGUCAGCGCUGCACCUUGUCUGCAUGAGGCACUGCCCCCUCCCGGUGAAUCGAAGAAGCCUCUUCUGGAAGAAAAGCCAGCAGCUCCAGUCACCAACACCUCCGACACACAGGCCUCAGAGGUUCCAGUGGCCACUGACAAAGAAAAGGUGGCUCCUGUCAUUGCUCCUAAAAUCACUUCUGUCAUCAGCCGGAUGCCUGUCAGCAUUGACUUGGAGAAUUCACAAAAAAUAACUCUGGCGAAACCAGCUCCUCAAACCCUGACUGGCCUGGUGAGUGCUCUGACCGGCCUGGUGAAUGUCUCCUUGGUCCCAGUGAAUGCUCUGACCGGCCCAGUGAAUGCCCUAAAAGGCCCUGUGAAGGGCUCAGUGGCCACGCUGAAGGGUCUGGUGAACACUCCUGCUGGCCCUGUGAACGUCCUGAAGGGGCCUGUGAACGUCCUGACAGGGCCUGUGAACGUUCUCACCACACCGAUGAAUACCGCUGCAGGAGCAGUGACGGUCACAGCGGGGGCAGGCACUGCUGCUUCCGGUGGUGGGACUGCCACAACGGCAGGUGCGGUGACGGUGGCUGGUGCAGUGAUCGCACCAUCAGCAAAGUGCAAACAGAGAUCCAGCACCAGUGAAAACAGUCGGUUCCACCCGGGGUCUAUGUCUGUGAUCGAUGACCGUCCGGCAGACACAGGCUCUGGCGCCGGGCUGCGUGUGAACACUUCCGAAGGCGUCGUGCUCCUGAGCUAUUCCGGGCAAAAGACUGAAGGCCCUCAGCGGAUCAGUGCCAAGAUCAGCCAGAUCCCCCCAGCAAGCGCCAUGGACAUUGAGUUUCAGCAGUCGGUGUCCAAGUCCCAGGUCAAAGCCGACUCUGUCACAGCAUCACAGCCCCCGCCCAAAGGUCCUCAAGCUCCUUCCGGCUAUGCAAAUGUGGCCACCCAUUCUACUCUGGUAUUAACUGCCCAGACGUAUAACGCAUCCCCUGUGAUUUCAUCUGUGAAGGCCGACCGCCCGUCCUUGGAGAAGCCUGAGCCUAUCCACCUCUCUGUGUCUACCCCUGUCACCCAGGGCGGCACAGUGAAGGUUCUCACCCAGGGCAUAAACACAUCCCCAGUGCUGGUUCACAACCAGCUGGUCCUCACCCCAAGCAUAGUCACUACUAAUAAAAAGCUUGCUGACCCCGUCACCCUCAAAAUAGAGACUAAGGUCCUUCAGCCAGCUAACCUGGGGUCCACGCUCACCCCCCACCACCCUCCUGCUGUGCCCAGCAAACUGCCCGCAGAAGUGAACCACAUCGCCUCGGGGCCCAGUACCCCAACAGACAGAACGGUUUCUCAUUUGGCGGCCACGAAGCCAGACACACAUUCUCCUCGCACCGGUGGGCCUGCUCCGUCCCCGUUCCCGAGGGCUUGCCACCCCAGCAACACCACAUCCACUGCUCUCUCCACUAACGCUACAGUCAUGCUGGCUGCAGGCAUUCCUGUGCCUCAGUUCAUCUCCAGCAUACACCCAGAGCCUUCUGUCAUCAUGCCGCCCCACAGCAUCACCCAGACUGUGUCCCUUAGCCACCUGUCCCAGGGUGAGGUGAGGAUGAACACGCCCACGCUGCCCAGCAUCACCUACAGCAUCCGGCCAGAGACACUUCACUCUCCUCGGGCUCCUCUGCAGCCCCAGCAGAUAGAGGUCAGGGCCCCACAGCGUGCAGGUACACCCCAGCCAGCCACAGCCGGUGUCCCCGCCCUGGCCUCCCAGCACUCUCCAGAGGAAGAAGUGCAUUAUCACCUCCCUGUGGCUCGAGCCACAGCUCCUGUGCAGUCAGAGGUGCUGGUCAUGCAGUCCGAGUACCGCCUGCACCCAUACACUGUGCCCCGGGAUGUGAGGAUCAUGGUGCACCCCCAUGUGACAGCAGUCAGUGAGCAGCCCCGGGUAGCAGAUGGGACGGUGAAGGUGCCACCAGCUGGCAAGGCCCCUCUACAGCCAGGGAAGGAUGCUGCCAAGACAGCAGAUGCCAAGGCAGCCCCCACCCCUGCCCCUCAUGGCGAGGCCCGCAUCCUCACAGUCACCCCCAGCAACCAGCUCCAGGGGCUGCCCCUGACCCCGCCUGUGGUGGUGACCCAUGGGGUGCAGAUCGUGCACUCCAGCGGGGAACUGUUUCAGGAGUACAGGUACGGAGACAUCCGCACCUACCACGGCCCGGCCCAGCUCGCUCACACGCAGUUUCCCACUGCUGCUGCCAUGGGCCUGCCUGCCCGGACCAAGGCGCCUGCUCAGGGCCCCCCUGAAGGUGAGCCCCUGCAGCCUGGCCAGCCUGGCCAGCCCACGCAGCCUGCUCAGCCUCCACAGCCCAUCCAGCCCACCCAGCUUAGUCAACCAGGCCAGCAACCCAGCAGCAAGAUGCCUCAGGUCUCCCAGGAGGCGAAGGGGACCCAGACGGGAGCAGAGCAGCCUCGCCUCCCACCUGUACCUGCAAGCAGGCCAUCUGAGCCUCAUGCCCAGGUUCAGAGGGCGCAGGUGGAAACAAGCCAGACCUCCUAUCCCUCCCCUGUGUCUGUCUCCAUGAAGUCUGACCUCCCAGCACCUCUGCCUGCUCAGGCUGCUCCAAAGCAGCCGCUGUUUGUCCCCACAACCUCAGGCUCCAGCACCUCUCCAGGACUGGCCCUGCUGCACACUGAAGCCCAGCCCACCCCCAAACAGGAUUCCUCUCCACACUUGACUUCCCAGAGGCCUGUGGAUAUGGUCCAGCUUCUGAAGAAGUAUCCCAUCGUGUGGCAGGGCCUACUGGCCCUCAAGAACGACACAGCUGCUGUGCAGCUCCACUUCGUCUCUGGCAACAACGUCCUAGCCCAUCGGUCCCUGCCUCUCUCCGAAGGAGGUCCCCCACUGAGGAUUGCCCAGAGGAUGCGGCUGGAGGCCACACAGCUGGAAGGGGUUGCCCGAAGGAUGACGGUGGAGACAGAUUACUGUCUGCUGCUGGCUCUGCCCUGCGGCCGUGACCAAGACGAUGUCGUGAGUCAGACCGAGUCCCUCAAGGCUGCCUUCAUCACCUAUCUCCAGGCCAAGCAGGCAGCGGGGAUCAUCAACGUUCCCAAUCCCGGCUCCAAUCAGCCCGCCUAUGUGCUGCAGAUCUUUCCACCCUGUGAGUUCUCUGAGAGUCACCUGUCCCGACUGGCCCCUGACCUCCUUGCCAGCAUCUCCAACAUUUCUCCCCACCUCAUGAUUGUCAUCGCCUCUGUGUGAGCCACUGAAUGGUCACCACCGGUGUACUUCCCUGAGGCUCUGCUGCAAAAAAUAAACAUAGGACAACCUAGCCAAGUGGAGGAAGAAGUUGCCAAAGGGGACAUACUCCACUGCCGCACGCCAGCCUCGCCCUCCUGCCCGCCCUCCCGGCUCAGUCGGACAUACCCCCCUGGGCAGUGGUGCUGCUACUUGUAUGUUUACAUGACAUUUAGCCCAAGGACAGACCACCGACCGACAGACGCUGCAGACACCGUGGGGCUGGGUGUGCUCUCCUUUUUGGAGAGAAGGAACAGGGCAGUGGAAUUAUUUUUUUGUUGUUUUGUUAAGAAACAAGAGAACAGAACUGCCUUUGCACUAAAUUAGUGACUUGGACUUUUGCACAGUGAAGACAGGCUGUGACCCUCUGGAUGUCUUGGUGUACGUGCACACACAUUGAGGACGCUCACAUAGGACUUGGAACUUCUGCCGAAACCCUGGGGUCAAGGAACAUUUCAUCGGGUUGUUUUGUCCCCAUUCCUCCCUUCCCCUUGCUCAUUUGGAUGUCAUCUUUCUUAAUUCUCCUGCUGCCACCAUCUUUGAUUCACCUGGGAUGUACAGUUUACAAUCGAACAGGAGCAGAGGAUUUUCUUUCUUGGUGGGAUAUGCAGAACUUGGGAUGUGUGUAUAUAUAAAUAUAUAAUAUAUAUAAAUAUAUAUAAUACUGACUUAAAAAAUCAAAUUCCCCUGACAUACAUUUUUUUUAAUCUGUGCCAAAAAUGUGUUUUCAGAGAAAAUCUUAUUUUCAUACUCAGACUUUGUAUUGUCACUCACUUGUAUAUGUGCGCUUCGUUUCAGCACGGGUCCUGCCCCCGUGGUUUGGAAGUGUCACACACACACACACACACACACACACACACGACUGGCUUCCCCUCCUGAUACCUUGACCUCUCCCCGCAACUUCCUAACACUUAUUAAUUUAUGAAACUGUUUUUCUCAGCGCAGUUUUGUUUUGUGUGUCCAUUGGAUUACAAACUUUAUUAAAAAAUACAAAACA